CAUGUCAAUCAUCCAACGAUCACACACAACAAGAACACCAAAAUGACAUCGAAUGACCGAAAAACAUUAUUUUAAAAUAAGUUGAUUUGAUAAAUAUGGAAGCUUGUAUGUGACAGGCGUGUUUGCGUACAACUCUGAGCUAAGAUCUCCACAAUGCCUGUGAGAAACAAGGCAUUGAGUGAGUAUACAAAGAAGUUCAGAUGGCAUGAGUCGGUCAAAUCCUCCUCCUUCAAACCGUCUCCUGAACAGAAAUCAUCAUUUGCUGGUCUGUCCUCUGCUGAUCUUGGUCAGCAAGAACCACCCCUCCAGCGCAAACGCUACCCUCUACAAAAUGACUCAAAGCUGACGUAUACAACAAAGCAGAUCUUCGGAGAUGCGCCUGGAUCUGAUGAUGACCUAACAAAGAGAAAGCCUCGAGCUGGAGGAGGCGGAGUACCAGUGAUGGGGCCACCGAUGAAGACCUUUAAGAUUAGAGGCAACGAGGAGACAGGAUCUAAGACACAAAAAUUAUUGAGGACCAAACCUGACAAAGAACCAAUAAAGAACAAGACCUAUGCCCCCUCAAGUUUCAAACCUGGAACCAUGCCAGUAGAAAAGGUACCUACCCCAAACCAAACAUCCAAUGUCAACAACAACAAAGAUGUUGUCUCAAGUAACAACAGAACUGUCAGUGAAGUGACUCAAAAUGUGUCCAAGUCAACGCAUAAACAUACAACGAAGCCUAAUGUUGCCAUGCAGUAUCAAGCAGGUAUUCGAGAGACGAGGCCCAAAUCGGCCAAGUAUCUAUCGGAGUAUCAGAGGAACUUUGAAUGGAGGAAUCCUCACCCCAAGGAAUCACCGCUCAUGGCUGCAGACCAGAUGAUUCAUAAAUCCAAUGCCAAUGUGGCGCCAUUCAUCCCUGACAAGGUUCCCCGUCAGAGUGAAUAUAAAAUGAAGUUUAAGUCAUGGUCACCGGGGAAGCAGCCGGUAUCCACACACCAACAGCAGCUAAUGGACAAUGCUGAGAGAGAGAUUAAAGCCAAGUACCGACUGAAAACAAAGAGCAAGAAGUCUAAACGUUCCAGUUUAACCCCAGACAAGAUGAGACCAGCUGGGGUUCCAUCAGUGUAUGCCCACGAUGAUCUCCGAUUACUGAAAUCAGCUGAGAAUCCAACUAAACCAUUCUUCCCACAUUCCACAACUAUCAGGAGAUGGAAGUCAGAGUAUGCAUCAAACUUCCACGAGCCAGAAUUAUAUCGUUAUGAAAAUGGUAUAUGGAAGGGUGCUAACCCCCCUCACGUUGCACCCAAAGAUGAUAACUCACUGGAUAAACAACCAAAAGAGACGAGGGACUCUAGACCAAACUGGUUUGCUGAGGUCUUAGAGCUUCGUCAAAAGGCUGAGGACUAUCGUAAGAGAGCACAAGGUACCCACUUCUCUCGAGAACACGUGGCUCAAAUCUUAGCCAAUCAGGCCAGACUCUGGGAUGAAAGCAGUACGACGACGAGUACAGUCAGUUCAUUAUCGGCGCCCUCUGUUGACACUGGACUCAAAGUCAGGAAACCUAAUGACAAACCACAGCCUGUGAGUCAACCAGGGGAUUCCCCACCAGUCAGGAGACGUUUAGCUUGGCCAUUAAAUGGGAGAAAUGACAACAAAGAAUCCCAACCAGCGGUUGACGAUGAAUCAAGCAUUGGCAGUAUUCCAACCCCAGAGGGCUACAAGGGCUCAGUGACCCCAAGCUCGGACGAGGUUGACCUCAUUGAGGAACAGGGGAGGCUACCCACACCGAGGUUGCGAGAUGAGGGGGUGUCAAAAAGGCAUCAUCUGGACCGCACCACUCCAGCCACAGGAGGAGCCAUCUUAACAUCACCUCAAUCAAAGCGAAGUUCAGCGAUACCGGACGGACCUUUACCUGUAACCACACACCAACACCAAGCUGUGGAUCCAUUGAAGAAAACAACCCGACAAGACCACAGAAGAAACAUAAUCCCUUCUGAAAUCACUCGAGGGUUUGCCUACGAUAGCGACGAAGAUUCUGACGAUGAACGUUCAGUUACUCCAAGGGUCACCACACCUCCACCUCAAGUUGACAUGAAAACAAGGAUACUGAACAAUCUCCAGGGGUCUCCCACGGCGGGCAUCACAACAAGGGAUCCCUUCCCCCUCCGAGAUAACACAGCUAAGCCCCCUCCAUUCACACGACAUUCCAACAACUACUUUGAGACCAGUCCAACCAUGCCAGUCAUGCCCAAGAAGAUUGAACCUCCACGUACAUGGGCAGGUCCCCUGAGGGGUGCUGGAGGGAAUGCAGAGGAGGCUGAUGAGAGUGGUGAUGAAGAAGUGACUGCUACAACGUCUUCAGAAGCUGUGGGUGGUGACAAGAGGCCUGAUGCAGUUAAGAGUCUGACGGCUAAAGGUCCACUGAACAGGCCUAACUCUGGCAGCAUGUACGGUCGGCCGAUGACUGCGCACCCCCAGACAAGACAAGAAGCCGGGACCAGCCACGCUCAGACGGAAGGUACCAGUAGGAGAAACAACGAAGCCUGGACCGUCCCGUCCCUCCUGCCCCAAGCCGAUCCCACGACACCACAGUGGAAGUCUCCCGUCAGAGACAGCGACGAGUUAUCGUUAUCGACGAUGUCCAUCGCAUCCAGCAGCUCUCUUGCCUCUGAGGUCCUAGUGAGGGCGCGUAAGAGGAGAGACGACUUCUGGGGCAAGAAGUAACUCUCAAGAAGUUGGAUACUUGAAUCCAGGAAGCAGAAAGUAUUAUGAUGUUAAACCUAGCUUUAAAAAAGGUUGCAGUGAACAGUGGUUGCCCUGGGGGCAGGGGUCGGAGGUAAAAACCAAAUUAAUUUGAAUACUGUCAAUGGAGGGUUAAUCACAGAGUAGAAGUGUGAGAUUUGUAAAUUGAGAGUUUUUGAUGAUAUCGGUAUGUUGCAGCCUGGUCCAUACAUCCUGCGAAUGCUGAUGCAAUAAUAUGAAAUUUGACGUUACAAAUUCGCGAUGAAUAAUUUGCAAAAGUUGAGCAGUGCCCAACUCCUGCAAAACAUUCCCUGCGAAAACAGCCCUGUGACGUAAAGAUUCCAUUCGCAUUCGCAGGAAGUAUGGACUGGACUUUAUGCUGGUAAACCUAGCUUUAAACCAGGGCCCAAUUUCAUAGAGCUGCUAAGCACACAAAAUAUGCUUAGCAUGAAAUUUUGGCCUUGAU